CGCUUCGUGACUGAAACAAACGGAAGUUGCGUAAAGGCGACGGUCGCGCCAGCAAGAGCAGCACCGGGGGCUCUUAGACCGGAAGGGGUGGAGUUACCGGAGCACCGAGCAGAUUGUCUGCAUAAUGAGUCAGGGGGACACAAACUCUGCUGCUGUCCCUCAUGCUGCUGAGGAUGUACAUGGGGAUGACCGGUGGCUCUCUCAGCACAACAGGUUUGUAUUGGACUGCAAGGACAAAGAACCAGAUGUCUUGUUUGUAGGGGACUCCAUGGUGCAGUUAAUGCAGCAGUAUGAGAUUUGGAGGGAACUGUUCUCUCCACUGCAUGCACUGAACUUCGGCAUUGGUGGGGACACCACACGCCAUGUCCUUUGGAGACUUCAAACUGGAGAACUAGAGAAUAUCAAACCGAAAGUUGUUGUUUUAUGGAUUGGCACCAAUAACCAUGAGAAUUCUGCAGAUGAAGUGGCGGGAGGAGUGGAAGCCAUCAUAAAACUCAUCAACACGUUGCAGCCACAAGCCAAAAUAAUUAUCAUUGGAUUACUGCCACGUGGAGAGAAGCCAAAUCCACUGCGAGAGAAGAAUUCACGCGUCAACCAGCUCUUGCGCUCAUGGCUCCCACGUCUUCCUGGAGUGCAGCUGCUGGACUUUGAUUUUGGCUUUGUUCACUCAGAUGGCACUAUCUCUAGAAACGACAUGUUCGACUUCCUCCACCUCACGGCUAUUGGCUAUGCUAAGAUCUGCAGGCCACUUCAUGAACUGAUUAUGCAACUGCUGGAGGAAACCCCCGAGGAAAAAGAAGUCACUCUGGCCUGAUCAUCACGUCACUCAUCCUGUUGUCAGUGUUACAUCAUUGGCUGCCCCCCCUCCCCCUCGCUAACUACAAUUGCCUCAGCUGUACAUCUACAUGCUCAAUGUAUAUACACCUGCUCAAAUCCAACCUCUGCAAACCCCCUUUUUUGUCUCCUGUAUUAUUGAUCACCUAACAUCAUUGAAGCCUCUCCCGUGGAGUCAGAGUUGCAGGAUUGGGAUAUGGAUUUUUGACGUUGGCAGUGGUGGGAUACCAAAAAUCAUAGAGUGAUAUAAGCUGUAUAUAUCAUGGCUAAUCUAGGGAAGAGAGAAACUCCCUUCAAAAUUUGGCUGUGGAGCCAUUGUGAAGCCUUUGUGUAGUGUUUACAAAUAAGCUGAUGUUUAGGAUUCACCUCCUGAAUCAGCCAACUCCCUAUUUAAGUUCAAAAGGUUUUCCUUUUAUGACAAUUAGACCUUUUCAAUUGCCUGCAACGAUCUACAUAGGUAAAGGUUGUAUGGCAGACAAUCCUGGUGUGAAAGGGGUGCUAAUACACAAAACUAGAAGUGGAAUGAUUUAAUAAAGAAAAUCUAGCAUUAAUAACGUCACUUGUGAAAGUAGGAAUGUCUGCAAUUCAAUCAUGUCAUUGCAAGUGCAGCCUGUACCAAAUUAAACAUAUCCCUAGUUUAUUUUAUUAUCUAAGUUUUGUUCUGUAACUGUCCUCUUAUUGCGCAGUGCAUAAGCAGUCUUGGAAAUGUACGUGAAUAUAAUUGUAUUGCUUGUAUGAAUCCUUUAUUGAUAAAGUGUGUUGUGGUCAGGGACCAAAGCAGAAGUUACUGAAAAUAAUCUGUCCUGAAAAUUCAGAUCGUCAUCUGGGAAGCUGGGCAUUAUGGGUUACUAAGUGGCUUAGUUCCCAAAGCAUUGAGCAAUAUGUAGCCAUGACUCAACAAUAAAAAGUGUGUUUGAUGGAAGAUUAAGGGCCAAUAAAAGCUGCAGAUAGGAUAUCUUGUAGUGUAUUAAACGCUCUCUGCGCCUCUCGGAUCUGUACAGGUUUAGGACUCAGUUGUAGAUUUUGCAUCUUCAGAGCUUUUGCUUCUACAUAUAGCAUAAUGAAUUGGAUCGUUCCUCCUCAUUGUUAUGUGUGUAUGGAGAGAAGAUAUAAAAAAAUAUCAGUGGUA